CCCCCACACACACACACCCCACACGUGGAUCCGCAUCCGCCGCCUCCACACCCAGCCUUCUCGCCUCCGACGGCGCCGGCAGCCCGCUGCGUUGCCUCCCCACUCGCGCCCGGCCGCCGGCUCCACUCAAGGAUGCGGCGCCCCCUGCCUGGGGUCGUGCGUCUGCCGCCGCCUCGCUGCCCGUGCCCGUGAAGAUCGAGGAGCCCGGGCCGUCUUUGGUUCCUCCAUCGGCAACGGCUACGAGGGGCCCCGGCCGCCGCUCGCUCUCCGGCCUCGCGGGACGCGUCAUUGCCGCUCGCCCUGCGCCUGCGCCUCCUCCUCCUCCCUGACCAGUAAGCAGAGCAGGCUGCCGCUCGCGCGCCUCCUCCGGCGAGUACCCGAUUCCUCAAGUGAACUUCUUGAGCAUAGAGUUGUUGAAUCAUCAAAAGGGUCAACUUUGUCAGCUCUGGGAAACCCAGGAGUUGAAUCCCAAGUAAUUGAUCUUAGAAAAACAUCAGUGAAGUUGAAUAAAUCAUGGAACCUGGAAGGGAUGAGAUCAAUGAUGAAUGAGUGAUUCAGAACAACACAGAAAGGUUAUUCUUCUUCGACGUGCUGGAUUCAGGAUCCAAGGCACAAUUUUUUUCCUCAAGAUAACUGGGUUUUCAUCUGACCGGAUGCCCCAAGUGAAGGCUGCCCCUGUGCUGGUGAACGGGCUGGUCCCCGCACCCUCAUCAUUGAAUCGCAGAUCCCUUGGACUCUACAGUCACGGCCAUUUCCCCUCAUCAUCUCGUAUUGCUUGCUCAUCAGAGUUAUCGGAUAGAGGUUCUGCCAAGGAGUUGGAAGUGUCCGAGUACAGUGACGAGAUAUAUGCUGAGAAUGCUGCUGACAGGGAUGAAGGAGAGUGUUUAGGAUGGAGCAAAGAAGAGAUUGAUGCCAUUUCUGCACUCUUCGAUCGGGCGAUGCGUCAGAAGCCCCUGAAGCUGCCAAACCCCGCGAGGCCGCGGGCGCUCCCAUUGCCACUACCGCACAAGACGAGGCUGCCUGUCACUCCGGCACCCAAGCAGCACGUCCGGCUUGCUGCAAGAGCCGCACUCUUGUCCCGCGCUUCCUUCAGCGAUCAGGUGCGCAAGAACCCAGAGUUGCUACUUGGGAUUGCUCGCGAGAUCGCUGGGCUUCCUCCAGAGCAUGGUGUCUCCACGGUGCUCGACCGGUGGGCAAGGUUUCUUCGAAAAGGUUCCUUGUCACUGACCAUACGUGAGCUCGGGCAUAUGGGACUCCCUGAGCGCGCACUGCAAACAUUGUGCUGGGCUCAGAGGCAGAAAGCCGUUCCAUUGUUCCCUGAUGACCGAGUUAUUGCUUCCACCAUCGAAGUUUUGGCUCGCUUUGGCCAGCUUAAAGUGGAGUCUGCAUUGGAGCAAUGCGUCCCCACGGCGAGCCGUGCCGUUCUUGAAGCCAUGGUGAGUGGGUUCAUCAGGGCUGGGAAAGUAGGCCUUGCGCGCAAACUCCUGGAACUUGCAAGAAUCCAUAACAGGACACUGCAUCCCAGCAUCUAUGUGAAGCUGAUGCUGGAAGCCACCCGGACACCUGAAGGCUAUGGGCUUGCCUCGGCAUUGGUUGAUGAGCUUGGUGAGAGGUUGGACAUGGAACUUCGCCCGCAAGACUGCACGGCUGUCAUGAAAGUCUGCGUAAAGCUUCGACGGUAUGCAGCCGUGGAGAGCCUGUUCAGUUGGUUCAGGCAAUCCGGUGGGAGCCCCACCUUGGUUAUGUACACAACAGUGAUCCACAGCCGCUGCCGCGAUGGAAUGCACCGCGAGGCGCUGUCCCUGGUGUGGGAAAUGGAGCAGGCCGGUUGUUUGCUCGACCUGCCUGCCUACCGGGUCAUUAUCAAGCUGUGUGUGGUGUCGCGCGAGCCAGAGAGAGCCCUCCGGUAUUUAUCGAGGAUGAAGGAGGCUGGCUUUGUUCCAACGAGUGACAUGUACAAUGAUCUGGUUGAAGGUUAUUCAGCGGAGGGGAGGGUGGCCAAGUGCCUGCAGCUGAUCAGGGAGGCUGAGUCGGUUGGCCUGAAACUGGACAGGAAGCUGCUCUCACGCUUGUCUGAAACUGGAAAUGUCCAUUCUUGUUGGCUUUCCGAGUGUUGUUUUCAGAUGAAUUGUCAUCUAUAAUCUUUGUAGUAAAGAUAGGAGUCAAGCAAUCACGUUUCUGUGGUUGUUUAGCCCCUCGUGUAUUUUUCACUGGUCCAUGUUCAUUGAGAAAAUAUUAAUUGGUGAUCGCACUGCAGUGCAGUGGGUUGAAUCUGAAUCUGUGGAUGCACGUA